GAAUAGCUUAUGUAAGCGUUGCACAGCCUGCCCGGCGUACAAUAGAUGAGAUGAAAGGCUAUUGGCGUGAUCUGUAUCUUAAAGCACCCCAAGACGGGGUCCUGCAAGACUUAAGCCUAUUCUUUGAUGGGCUCCACAAUGAAGGCGUGAGUCAGGUAGAUGGGGCUCAGGAUCCCACAAAGCCUUCUCAUCUUCUUGGAGUACCAUACGAGAUUGCGCAUCACAUCUUCACAUUCCUCGACUUUGAAACCUUACGCGAUGGCAUGAGCCUCACAAGCCGCAACAUUCGACAUGCUUGCGUCGAUAUUCUUUUCCGGGCUUUCAAAUAUCGUGCUGUGCUCUGCAGCGACGAUUUCGGGGAUCUCCAUCAGUUCACGAAUACCUCUUCGGUAUCCUUUGUCAAGCAUAUAACUCUCCGGGUCACUGGCCCCCGCUCUAUUCGUCACGCGAAAGGGGGAGAAGCGCGGAGAUCUCUCGAAACGCUAAUAGAUAUCCUUUCCAAAUUCCCACAUCUCAUCGAGUUGAAGCUGGCUGGUGUUCACAAACUUCUCCUGGAGAAUUCCCCCACCGUGUGGACCUCCUUCGGACAUCACCAGCUUGAAAGCCUUACGUUAUCUAUGCAUGACGAUAUCACACAAUCAAAGUGGGGACGUUUUUUGGCCUCGCAGCCCUGUCUUCAACACUUAGCGAUCUCCAAUGCCAAAAAUUUUGAUAUUCCCCCAUCCCCUCACUCAAAACCCUGGAGAUUAAUCGGACUCUCCUUGUCAGACCUACCAUCGUUAAAAAGACUGGAUUGUCACUCGGUCAGCACAUUGAUCACACAUUCGACACUCCCAAAUCUUAAGGACGUUUGUUUGAGCGGGAUAGACCAUUUCAUUUCCCCUCCAACUCCGUUCCCUUCCUUGUCGCGAAUCUGGGUAGGGGGUGCACAGCAGCUCCUUGCACGCGGAUGCACAACACUCCAUUCCGUGGCAUUGCGCUACAACUACGGGGUUCCACCUGAUCUGGACGUGCUAAAGGAUUCUGCAUCGUCACUACGUUACCUCAUCUAUGAAAUCCCCGAGCUACAAGACGAGGUCCCGCCGUCCUACUAUCGAAUUACCAAAACAUUCACUUAUCUCACUGGUUUGAAGGUCCGAUUCAGCUUUGCUCCGCUUCGGCUAUGCUGGCCCUCUUCCGAGAAGAGGUGCCCUAUCAGCUCCUUACUCGACCUUUUGCAAUCAUUAAAGUACCUUACGAUAAUUGACUGGAAUGUCGAAAUAUUGCGUGUGGACCCUCACCUUCCCGACGACCCCCAGUCCGAUCGGACGAGACAGGAGGUUGUAGAUUGGCUCGAUAACUUCGCAAUGGACUGUAUGAGCGCCGGUCCCUCGCUCCUCGAUGCCAACUUCAGUUGUCAUGAAUACAUCUUUGAAGAUCUAUACUGGAGGAGAACGCAUACCAGGUCCUCCGUCAAACAACCUUUUCAGAGGGGGGCUUCGAAUGUGGCCUGGAUCGAAGGCACGUUCUUUAGGCGGUAACUGCACCCCAGCUAAGCGGGGACGCUGAGACAAACAAUAAAUACAAGG